AUGACAACAAACGUCGAUCAAGACGGACUUCUUGAUGCACUCACCCCUGUCCUUUGGCUAACCUUCUUCAGUGGAAACUCCCUCCGUUUGCCGAAAGAACAUCCAAGAAAGCUCGUCCAAUCGCUCAUGGUGACCAUCGACUGUUCCGUUUGUCUUCUUUUGGUUAUAUAUGCUAUACAAUUAAAGCACAUCUUUAAAAUUCCGGAGACAAAUUCAUGCAAGUUUCUCAUCGGACUUUGCUUCCAACUGUUCUACUCUUGCGUGGCGCUGCGCAGUUGCAUUGGUCUCUGGCGAAAAUCUACUUCCGGCCUUGCUUUUACGCGGUUACUCGAAAGCUAUAACCUUAAAUCGGACCGGAAGUUGAUCUCGAAACUAAAGCGGAGCAACAGUUGUCUACUCAUCGCGUCUGUCGCCCUGCUGGGCGUCACGAUUUCUCUACUAGCUACGUUCUUCCUCACUUUGGUCAUUCCAAAAGACAGCAUUUUGGUGAAAGUUCUUAUGCUCACCCACCACGGCAGCGAUACGUUCGUCUUCGAGGUCUUCGGUUUCUCUCUACUAUCUUUCUCCAUCGGCUGUGGACAUCUCAGCCAACUGUGGCUUUUAUUGUUCUUCAGCAGACUUAUCUGUUACGAAUUUACUACCAUCCGUCGAAGGGUUCGCCAUUCGAACGCACAUGAAUUGGCAAGAGAGAUCGAAUCCAUCCGAAGGGAGUACGAAGAGGUGGUUCAUCUUGUGGAGGCUGUGGAAGACUUGUUAAGCUUCAACCUACUCUUCUUGUUCAGCGCAAUGGUCCCAACAACUUGUAUAUUUCUCUAUGCGCUCAUUCAGCAAGGUGUAGAAGAAGUCGAUCUCGGCGUAAUAGGCGUCAUGGCUUUUACUGCAGUGACAGAAUGUGUCUUGAUUGUAUCUUUGGGAAUCCGAAUCAACAAAAAAGCGCAUGAAUUAAAGGAAGACCUAUACAAUGUAGAUAUGACUAAUAUGUCUUCAGACGUCAUAUCGAAGCUGUCUAUCUUUUUAACAAGACUAACAGCAUCUCCUAUUGGUAUUAGCGUCGCCGGUCUCUUCAUCAUUGACAACUCUACGAUACUUAUGUUGGCUGGGACUCUCCUCACAUAUGUGGUCGUUGUAAUUCAGACAAAACCAACCAGCAACAAAUUCCGUCUUCCUGUGCCGGAGAGGAACUGUACAUUUAUAUAA